UGUGCCUCAACUCAGCCGCGCACUCUGCAUCAGGAGUUCAAAUGGCGGGAGCUGGAGGAGCAGCGGAAGGCAGAGCGUCUCCACAAGCGUCUGCAGCAGGAGCAGGCCUAUCUGCUGUCCCUCCAGCACGACAAUAAACCACCGCAGUCCUGCGAAAAGACUGAAGACACCAAGAGAAUGUCCCCUGACAGUACUAUCAAAGCCCCUCAGACAACGUCCCCAGGCCCCGUGGGCGAUAGAGCCCCAGCUCCACAACCCCACGUCCUCAAUAAUUCUAAUGCUAUUGCUCCACGGAGAACGUCCUGCGAUAACACUAGGUCCCCACAUGCCCAUUUCCUGGACAGUGUUACUGCUAACGCCCCACGGAGAAUGUCCUCGGAUACCACAAAGUCCCCACAAACCAUGUCCUGCGAUAACACUACCAAGGCCCCUCAGAAACUGUCCCCAAACAGUGUUGAUAAAGACUCAGAAAAGACCCCCUCUGACAAUAGCGAUGCCCUAGCCACCCAGUCCACAGACGUUACUAAACCCUCACAGACCAGGGGCCUAGACGGCCCCAAGUCCCCACAGACAGACCGCUCGGAGGCUAGCGACGCUCUCGGUGAUCCUCAGCCAAUCAGAGAGGUGAACCCCAACACGACAUCACUUCCUCCUGCUGCCUGCUGCUACUUCUAUUCUAGCUGCCUGCCCCCCUCUCCACACAGCGUGUUAUGUUAGCCCUGGUGGUGUGAGCUGGUGCUAUGGUUGUCUUUUUUCUUUCAGUUAUCGUCUUAAAAUAGUGUUUAAUACCUCACACAGUCCAAUGUUGCACUGCGUUUAAUGUAUGCGACACAAAAUAGCCUAUAACGUUACCGUACUAGGAUAACGUUGUUGUCUGUUUUUAAAUGAUUAGUGAAUAGACUUCUCAGCCAACCAUUUUGUUUGAGGAGCGAGGACAGUCAGAGAAAAGAAAGCCAGUAGCUCACAACCACUGCCUCUCUAAAACUGUACUGCUUCACUUCUGGCUCUCGUCUUUGCUUGACUAUCUGAUGCUUCUCUACUAAAACGUCUUUAGGAUGACGUGUCAAUCUUGAGAGGACUGAGCAAGAAAAAUACUAAGUAUAGACUGAAGCGCUGCGAGCUGGAUCUCUGUCAACAUCAUUUUGCAUUCAGGACCAAAUGGUUUGCUUACGCAGAACACGGUACAUUUUCUCUUGCCAUUUAGUCAGCUAUAAUUAAUUUAAUGAAAAUGCAUCUUUUUCCUUCAUAUGCAUUCACAGUUGAGUUGCCAUACCUGAAUGUAACACAUUUAAAUCAAUGGGCUUGAAUUGAUAAAGGGACCCAGCAGAGGCGGUGAUGAGUUGAAGCUGUCAGUACUUCACAUAUUCUUGUGAAUUACCAGUUGUAUUGCUGUCUACUGCUGUGGUGAAAUCAAAGUAGUCAGGUGUUCAUGCUCUUGUCGUCCUCUCACAUACCUACUAAAUAAGCGUGAUGGUUUGUAAUGCGGCUGUGCCUUGUACUGUUCAGGUAAGUGACUGGAGAGGAUGUCAUGCAUGUGGUCAGCUCAGGCCCACACUAACAUAUGUGUGCUGCUGGGUCCCAGAGAGAGACUGUUCUCUGGGGUGAGUCCCCUGGAGGUGUAAGAUAUCAUUAACAAGACUGUCUGCGGUGGGCUCGUGUGCAUGUCAGCGGACUUUCCCUCCCUGUCGAUAACAAGGCGUCGGCUUCAGUGUUGACUCUUCCUCGUUCUCCUAGUCUUUCUCCUUGUGUGUUUUGUCGUUGAGUUAAUGCCUCAACCUUGACCCCGCUGAUUCUCACUGACCCUGUCUGUCCUGCAC